CUUUUCUCUGGAUCAAAAAAGAAAUCCUUUUGAAACAAAGUAGAUAUUAGAAAAGAAGUACAGGGUAGAGAGAUAUCAGAAAAGAGAGGAGAAGCCGAGAAAGGAUGGAGGGAGCUCUAAUAAUCGGCACAUCCGUAUCAUCUUCAUCUUCCAGACCUUCGUACUGCUCUGUCAGUGGCGGAGGAUUUAGACAGUUUCAGAAGCUCAAUCAAGAAGCAGCAACUCUCCAUCGGAGAAAACCAAUAUCUAUUAAAGCAGUCAAAAGCUCCUCCUUUGAAAGAGGAACUAGAAAAACAAGUACUCUGUCAAAUGACUGGGAGCUCUCGGAUUUUGCGGUUCCUUCGAUGCCGCCCAAGUUCGAAGAGUUGGACCCAACUAAUAUGCUCCUUCGACAGAGAAUUAUUUUUCUCGGCUCUCAGGUGGAUGACAUGACAGCAGAUUUGAUUAUCAGUCAGCUUUUGUUUCUAGAUGCAGAGGACCAGAAAAAAGACAUCAAAUUGUUCAUAAAUUCGCCUGGUGGCUCUGUAACUGCCGGUAUGGGGAUAUAUGAUGCAAUGAAGUUGUGUAAAGCAGAUGUGUCAACCAUAUGCUUCGGUCUUGCAGCAUCUAUGGGUGCGUUUCUACUUGCUUCUGGUACAAAAGGGAAGAGAUUUUGCAUGCCAAAUGCAAGAGUGAUGAUUCAUCAACCCCUUGGAACUUCAGGGGGAAAAGCAACAGAAAUGGGAAUUCGGAUAAGAGAAAUGAUGUAUCACAAAAUAAAGCUGAACAAGAUUUUAUCAAGGAUAACGGGGAAGCCUGAGGAACAGAUCGAAGUGGACACAGACCGUGAUAAUUUUUUGAAUCCAUGGGAGGCAAUGCAAUAUGGACUGGUGGAUGGAGUUAUUGAUGAUGGCAAGCCAGGGUUGGUUGCUCCCAUUGCGGAGGCAAGGCCUCCUCCAAAAACUCGUGUUUGGGAUCAAUGGAAAAUAGAAGGGAGUAAGAAGGCCAAAAAGAAUUUGCCGUCGGAGGAAAAGAUUUUGUUGAAGAAGAAUGGGCAAGAUGGUGUGAUAGUAGAGCAGUAGAAGAGAAGAAGAGUAGAAAUAGCAGGAGCAGACUCACCAAUAUGACUUGGACAAAGAAAGCAAUAUAUAUCCCCAGUGUUUAAGAACCUAAGAAAUGGCUGGCAUCUACGGUGGGAAAAAACUGGGAGAAAACUACAUUGUCUUAUGUUGGAACAGUUGGAUCACACUUCUAUGAUUGAAUUUCGCAUGAAAACUGUAAUGACAAGACAAACAAUUUCUGAAUAUUAACUUGUAAACGAAUGCAUAGGCGAGUUAGUUGGUCCGUACUUUUCUUCUAGACCUAAAUAAGAAAUC